AUGAGCACGUUCUUCGAUGAAAUGAAAACUUCUUUUGAAGCUGUCCCUGUGGACAGCGAAAACAAGAUAUCGACAUCUGAAUUCCUGGAUGCCUCAGAGUCUCUCGUCAAGCUAUUUGAUCUCUUGGGCAACUCAGCCUUCACUGUGGUUCAGAAAGAUCUUACGGGGAACAUCACAAAAAUUCGCAAGAGACUAACCGCUGCCCCUGCCGAGUCUAUCACCCUACAGGAUUUGGUCACCAACGAACGCGGUUCAGGACACAAGUCUGCGUCAGAGGGCCUCUUGUGGCUGAACAGAGGUUUGCAAUUCACUGCGCAAGCCAUGCGUGAAACCGUGGAGAACCCAAGCCUGGAGUUGUCAAAGACUUUCACUGACGCUUACAACAAAACUUUAACGAAGCACCACGGUAUGCUGAUCAGACCGGUAUUCAAGCUGGCAAUGAAAGCCUGUCCUUACAGAAAAGACUUUUUCGCAAAGCUGGGGGCAGACCAGACGAAGGUGAACGCGCAAUUGAAGGCCUGGCUUGAGGCGCUCGAGAAGAUCGUCGCCAUUUUGCUCGAUUUCCUCGGCGUUGCUUGCAAGGACUUGUAA